AUGGGUGUAAUAUCAAAUACCGUGGCCUCGCUGAAGACGCUCGCCGGGCCAAACCACAAAUAUAGGGCCAUUCCGGCGCCCGUGACGGGACGAAAUCAUGCACAGCAAAUCUUUGAUGAGCGGCCUCCUCGCUCAAGGUUUUUUAAAUUAUCAAUGAGCGUCAUGUUGCUCGCCGUCUUUGUUUUUCUGGGCUUUGCCUUCGCGCGAGAUCGAUCAGACUCCGAGUCGUGCGUUAACAACGGCUCCUGCACCCACGAUUUUCGCAAGCACUGGGGCCAGUACUCGCCGUACUUCUCAGCACACAAGGGAUCUAUCAAGCCUGACAUCCCGUCGGGAUGCGAGGUCACCUUUGCUUCAAUCUUGUCUCGACAUGGGUCCCGCAACCCGACGGCCGGCAAGUCCAAGGCCUACAAGGACCUGGUUGAGCGGAUCCAAAAAGAUGUCAAGGACUAUGGGAAAGGCUUCGAGUUUCUCAAGGAUUACAAGUAUACUCUAGGUUCUGACGACCUCACCCCCUUUGGCGAGCAGGAAAUGGUCAAGUCUGGAAAAAAGUUCUUCAAGCGCUAUCAGAAGUUAGCGGAGGAUUCGACCCAUCCCUUUGUUCGAGCCUCGGGCUCUGAAAGAGUCGUCAUGUCAGCGCAAGAUUUUGUUCAUGGCUUCUACAAAGCCAAGGGCAAGAAUGGCAGUAAAUACCUGGAGGAUAUUCUCGUCAUUCCAGAGGAUAACGGGUCAAACAACACCUUGGAUCAUGGAACCUGUGGUGCGUUUGAAACUGGACCUAACGCGGAGCUUGCACACGACAAACAAGCCCCCUGGAAGAAUAUCUGGGCCACUCCCAUAAUGGAGCGUCUUAACGCGAAGCUUCCUGGCGCCAGGAUUACGCUCGAGGAAACGGUUUACUUUAUGGAUCUUUGCCCCUUCAACACUGUUGCCUCGGAAAAAUCGACAGUUUCCGACUUUUGUCGCUUGUUUUCCAAGGAGGAGUGGCGUGGAUAUGAGUAUUACGAAUCGUUGGAGAAGUGGUAUGGCUACGGACCAGCAAAUCCGCUGGGACCGACCCAGGGAGUAGGAUAUGUUAAUGAACUGAUUGCUCGACUUUCCCACUCUCCGGUCCAAGACCACACAUCAACAAAUGAAACACUCGACUCUAACCCGUCGACCUUCCCUCUCAACCGGCUACUGUAUGCCGACUUCAGUCACGACAACACAAUGAUGACAGUCUACGCCGCACUCGGGAUAUAUACCAACGCUACUGAAAUUCCCACCGAUCGCAGGGUGUCCCCCAAGACAGCCGACGGAUACUCUGCUUCACAAGCCGUGCCGUUCGGAGCACGCAUGUAUGUCGAAAAGAUGCACUGCGGCGGAGACGACUACGAGAUGGUCCGAGUUCUCGUCAAUGAUAGAGUAAUCCCUCUCAAGGGCUGCAAGGCAGACAAGCUCGGGCGCUGUGAAGUUGGCGACUUCCUCAAGGGGUUGGACUUUGCCAAAAAAGGUGGUCUCUGGGACCAGUGCUGA